AUGAAUUAUGCUAAUCCAUUUUCUUUAUCAUCUCAUGGAAGUUUCCUAAGUCCAAAAGAAAACCCAAGCUUUUUAACUAGCUUUCUCUCAUAAAAUUAAUCAAUUAGAUCAGCCUAAUCAAUUCCUACUAAGUUGAGUUUCAUAUAACAUCAAAAAAAUACUAAAAAAACAGAUCUUGUAUCUCCAAGAGCAAAGAUGGUGACCUUACAUGAGGAUAGAAAAUAAAAAAAUAAGAAUUUAGAAAGAAUUAAAUAUGUUUCAGAGCAUUCAACAACACCAUAUUUAUAUAUUUCAAAAAAACAUCCAUAAAUUCGUAUUCCAAUACUUCCUAAACUAUCACCUGAACCUAAAAUGGAAGUAUAAAGAAUGCCUUAUAUAAACAUAAUGACAGAACCAACUGCUGCAAUUGAGGAACAUAGUGAUGAAGGAAGAAGUAAUGGUGAUAAAAGUAUAGAUGUUAAUAAAUCAAAUAAUUUACUUCAUGCUUCUGAAAUCUCACAGAAUUAUGAAGAUUAAUUAUCAACAAGCAAACUUUCACUCAAAUCCCGUUUUAAAUCAGCAGUUUAAAAAUCAUUUCGCUCUCCUCCUAGGAAAGUAUUAUCUUAUAUAAUUAGUCAUUAUUUAAUCUCCUUAUAUCUCAUGAAUUUAAUACAUUACAUGAAAAUGAGAGAAAAUCCAUCCAAAUUAAAUUCGAACCAGGUAAUUAAGUAUUAGCUUCUAAGUUAAUAAACUUAAAAAAAACUCGUUGGAAAAAAUAAUGUAUCAAAACAAGGGAAAUCUAAAGAUAGUCUCGUUUUAUAAAUGUUGAAUAGUUUAGUGUCUCAACUAAAGCAUUUUAAAGAAAGAUUAAUUUAAUUCAUGGACCUAAUUCUAGAAAUAUAAUUUCAAAUGAAUCUUUUUCUUUACUUCCAAAAUCUUCAAGAAAAUCAGCAAUAAGCAUUGUUUCAAGAUUAUAAAAUAAUACUUAAUUGUUAAUAUCUGAGAAUACGAAUGAGAAAAGUGAAGAAUCAGAAUUACGUUAGAAUGAUAAUAAAGAAUUUAAAAGAGUUUAAAUUAAUAUAACAGUGACUUUUGAAAGUGUUGAUAAAGCAGUAUAUUAAUUUAACAAACCAAAACAUAUUUAUCAAAAUAAUACAGCGUUUAAUGAAGAAAUCUUAUAAUUAUAAAGUAUUUCACCAAAAAUAACUCCAAAAAUCCUUCCAAUAUUAUCAUCAAAUAAUCACAUUUAACUUGCAUCAACUAAAAAAUUAGAUUAUAAUUCAUCCUUUGUUAAUUUAAAAACCAAAAGAUUAUCAAGAUUAUCAAUUCAAUAAGGUGUAGCAUAAGAUGAUAUCUAAAAACUUGAAUAAUAAAAUGAAUUUAAUAAAGUAUUAAUUCAUAUAAAAAUUAUUAGCCUGGUUUAUAUUUUAGAGUUUAUUAUCAAAAUAAAUUAUAUAAAAUGAUGUAGAAAUCUAAUUAUACAAAAGAAAAUUUAGAAGAAAUUGAAUAAAGUUUUAGACCAAAGUUUGCUUCACCUAAUAAUAAUACAAUAAUGAAUAAUACUUACACAAUGAUGUCAACAACAGAAUAGGGAAUAAGAUAAAGAAGAAUUACAAAUGAAUCAUUAGCAGAUAAAAUUUAAUUUUUAGGAAUAAAAUUCCCAAAAUAUUAAAUAGAAUUUGAGAAUUUGAUUUUUGAUUAUAAUAAUGAAACAUCUUAAGAUAGAACUGAAUCUAGUGAUGAAUCAGAAUAAGAUGUUUCUUUAGAUAAAUUUUUAGAAAGUCCUUUAAAUCCUAAUAGUAAUAUUUUAAAUAAAUUAAAGCUAGAACCAUUAUAAAAAAACAAAAAGCCUUCAAAAAGAAAAAGAUCUAUUUUAGAGAUAUAAAAUGAAUAAAAUGAUUAAACACACUUUUUUAAUGAUUAACCUACAGAUUAAAAAUGUAAUAAUAAAUUAAAUUAUAGAACUAUCAACAGGGACAUUAGUUUUAAUAAAGAAAAUUCGAGAAGCUUUUCAUAUACCUAUAUAAAUUUAACCAAUUUUAAACAUUUUGGAAUCAUCUGCAAAAAAUAAGUUAUUAAGUUAUAGUGUUUCUAUUUGUGAAGAUUUUCAUAUGGAAUUAAUUAAGGAUAAAGAUCAAAUUGCAAUUUAGAAAUUGUUAAAUUUUUAGAAAAAUUCCUAAUUGAAUUCUAUGAUCUUUUAAGCUAUAGAAAUGAGAUAUUCUUAAAUUCUAAUUGGGAGAUAUCUCAGUUCAACCAGAAUGAUUGAUGUUGAACAUUAAGAUCCUGUUGUUUAGACAACUAUGUUAGAAAUAUAAGAAAAAAAUGAUUAAUCCUAAUCUAAUCAAUUAUAAUAAUAAUUCUCAUAGAUUAAAAGCCAAAUAAAAAAUUCACAUAAGGAAUCUGUUAAAGAUUUAAAUAAUAAGAAACCUUAGACAGGAGGAAAGGUUAAGUAAUAAUCUUAAAGAUAUCUAACAAAAUAGGAUUCUCUUUAAGUUCAUUAAUUACAAUAAUGGAAUAGAAGAGCAAUGUAAUCUGGAGAUUUAUCUAAUACUCUAUAAUAGUCAAAUUAAUAGAACUCAAAUUUCUUUACUUAAGCCUCAACUGUUUUAAUAACAAAACCUACUUAAACAUCUUAAUAAUCUGUAUUUAGAGUUAUGAGUUCAAAACAUAUUGAUUUAAAUACUUCUUAAUAAGAUAUAAGUUCUUCUUUAAAUUCUUCAUAAAAUGAAGAAACUCCUUAAUCUGGUUAAGUUUAAAAGACUCCAUAAAUAUAAUAAUAAUAAUAAUAAUAAUAAUAAUAAUAAUAAUAAUAACAAAUAUUCCAAGCAUCUGUUUAAAAUUAAAUAAAUUCUGGUAGAAAUUUACGUUGUUUAGAUGAAGAUUCUCAAUAAGAUUUAUGUGAAUAAUACAAUUUUGAGCAUUUAAAAAAUAAUAUGGUAUUGGUAUUGAAUAAUAUUAGAAUUGCUUAAGUAUGUAUAUGAAUUCAUUAAGAAUGAGAACUCACAUUAAAGAAUCUUCAAGAAGAUAAAAAUUAGAUUAAAUUUAAUAAAUUAAAUUAUCCAUCUAUGAUCAUAAUUAUACAGAAGUAAGAUUUAUCAAUAUUAUAAAUAAUAGUUUAUUGAUAAUAUAUAGUUUAUUCCAGAACAUCAAUUAGAUACUCCUUUUUAAAAUGGAAAUACGUUUCUAAUAUUAGCUGCUUAGUGUGGAUGUAUCGAAAUUGUACAUGAGCUAAUAAAGAGAGGUGCAGACAUCAAUAUUUAAAAUGUAUGGUAUUACUAAAGAAGGAUGAUGGCAAUACUGCAGUUCAUUUAGCUUUGGCAUAUGGGCACUACAAGAUUGCGGAUUUGUUAAUGGAAGCUGGAGGAAGUACUCAUAUCUUCAAUAGAAAGGGAUAAAAUGCCUGGGGAAUAUUGUGA